AUGCCCACUGAAAGCGUCUCUUCUACUCCUCCCUUAAAGCAAUCAUGCUCGAUGCAUAACACUGAACAACUUUGUGAAAAUAUCAAUCAGCUGAAAACUUCUGCGAAUGUUUGGACUCUUUCUGAAGAUAAUAAGUUGUGUUCAUUACUGAAUGGACUAGAGGAGUCGUUGAUGGGACGCAUCGAUGAGACGUUGAAGAGAUUAGAGGAGAGUAAUGUGGCGAUAACACGUUCGGUUGUGAAUAUGACGAAUGCCGACAAUCGACUGACAUCGUUUGCCAAUGAUCAGUUUAUAGAAAAUCGUGUCUACGACGAUCCUCCACCUGCACCGCGAUGCAGCAGCAGCAGCAGUCUCGAGGAACAAAAAUCUUCAAAACGACAAGAAGAAACAGUUGAAAAUAUGCGUGAAGCAUCUUCGAAACGACAAGAAGAAACAGUUGAAAAUAUGCGUGAAGCGGUUGCGUUAGGAUUCGAAAUGAUUAAAUCACAUUUCAAACGAAUCGAAAUGAGACCCGAAGAUUUCGACGAAGAUGACGAUCCAACGUUCACUCCUGAUCCAAUUUUCGAACCCUACAGAACAAAAGGAGAGGAAAUAGUAAUUGGUUUACCGCAGUUCAUACAACCACAUCACAUUACCGCUGAUGCUCAUCGUAUAAAUGGGCAUCGAACAACAACGCGUGAGUAUGAUGUGGAGGAAGGGGAAGAAGAAAAUGACGAUGAUGAUGAUGACGACGGCGAACUGCUGCAAAAACAACAAGAGCGGAAAGCAACGACAACAGUAGUUGAGAGUGUGACGGAUUCGCAUCGUUCGGGGCUGUUUGCGAGUGACAACGAUAAUGGUAGCAGCAGUGAUGAGGCACUGUUCAGUGAUGAUCUCUUCUCAUCGCCUGCUUACAAGAAGGGAAGAAUAGCGGAAUCAUCUCAAAGCGCACCGCUGAACAGUGGGGGUGGCAUAUCUGGACGAGCUGCUGCAGCAGCAGUGGGAGCAUCGUUAAUCUCGGAACUUUCACGAAAACAACAAAAACGAAUCGAACCCGAUCCGUUAGCAUCGAAAAGCACUGAAGUAGUAUCGCCACCAGCAGCACCAUUACCAAAUUCAGUACAACAACAGAACCACAAAUCCCAGAAUCAGUUAUCUAAACCGUCGUCAUCCUCAUCAAUCGAUCACUAUCAGCCGAAGAGUCACCGAAACUCGGUUAUUUUUGCACCAGGUUCGAAUGAUUACGAUGCUGAAAAUGACGAAGAGCAACCAACGGUGUUCAGUGAAAAAUCCAUCAAAACAUCAAAAUCCGCGAUUGCUGCAUCAAAACAGUUGAAAAGCAACACAUCGAGUGCCGAUUCGUUACCAAGUGUUGCCGCGGCGGCUGUUUCAGCUUCAUCAAAUGUUACGAAUUUGUUCAACAAGAACGUGACGUCGUUAUUUGGCGAUUCUGAUUCAGAUGACGAUAUAUUUGCUGAUGUCAAAGUGAAAAAGAUUGACGAUGAACCACAUGCCAACUCUCGACACAACUCAACGGCCAAUCUUCAUCCCGUUUCAACCACUCAUAAUGAUCGACAUCUUCAGAAUUCGGACAGUCUUCAGAAACAGCAAUCGCAGUCCUCAUCUACAGCGAACAGUCAUCCUAAUAAAUUAUCCUCCACCUCCAUUAACUCCUCAUCAUAUCCCAAUAUGAACAAAUCAAUUGCAACUGCAUCGGGUGCAAUAGUAACGACAACGUUGACGAGUAAUUUGUUCGAUGAUGAUUCAGACGAAGACGAUUUAUUCAAAAGUUCAACGAUGUCAUCGUCAGAAAAACCGGUCUUUCGCAACCGUCCGGGAGGUAUUUCGUCGAAUUUUGCAAAUCGUCUCUCUCAACUGAUUACUACUUCACCAAAAUCCAAUGCUGCGGCAAGUUCAUUGACGACGAACGAUGUGAAGACGGAUGAUAAGAGCGCUGUUUCGAUACAUCAGAAAGUAUCUGAUGAUAAUGAUCAUACAAAUACGCUGUUACCUUCUCUUGUUAAGUCACGUACGAAAGGUCCAAGUCGACGCGCCCAGCCAACGCGACAAGCAAGAAGAACCAAAACAUUAUCAGCUGAGAAUAAAGACGUGAUUGGAAAUGUUGCACAAACAACAGUUGGUAUUAUGGAAAAGAAGAUUGAAGAUAAUGUGUUGAAUGGGAGACUUGAAAACGACGAUAUUUCCAGUGAUAAAUCAUCGAAUAAAGCAGAAAUGGUGUCAGCGACAACAGUUUCAGUUGAUGAUAGCGGCGAGACGGAUAGUACUAAGAAUUUAACGUCGACAAAAACGAAUGAGGAUGAUGAUAAGAGCAGUGUCGAAGAAGUGCUCACUGAUCAAGAACUAAUAAAGGAAGGUGAAUCAACAUCGUGUUCGGUCGAACAACACACAGCAAUAGCACAUUCCAAUGAAGAGCUGAAUCCAUACGCAAGUGAAACACAACAACGGACACCGUCUGCUGUUGUUAGCGUUGCUGGCAAAGCAAGAGGAAAACGAACGAUGGCAAAAGGAGGUUUGUUCGCAUCCGAUUCGAAUUCGUCGGAUUCAGAUGACGACAUCUUUGCAUUCUCGUCGAAAUUGAAGGCUCACGAUCCGAAGACAAAGUUGACCACUGUUAAUGAUAGUUCUGGUUUGAUUGCUGUCGAUGAUACGGCUGUUGCUAAGGGAUCAUCGUCCGCCAAAAUGCCGAUAAGAACAAGCGAGGGGGUUAUAAGCGGCAGCGGCAGCAGUGUGAAGAAGCCAGCAAAAUCAAAGUCAAUUUUCGAUGACUCUGAUGACGAUACGGCAGAGGAUAUCGCGUCAUCUCCUCUACGCACACCUUCAUCUUAUCGUUCACAAACACUAGCAGUCAACGUUGGUGGUAUAGUAGAAUUGCCGGAGCAAGAUCGGAAGGGUUGUGAAAACGCUGAGCCAAUGUGCAGGAAAAAAAGCGUUGUGAAGAGAGUAACAAAGUGUACACGUAGCAGCAGCGAUCAAACGACGGUGUGUGCUGCUGAGAAGAGGAAAUCGUUGGAGAGCGAAGGAGGAAAACACGUGAGAAAUGAUGAUGGUGAAUCGUCGAAGUGCACUGAAGUGUCAGGGAAUGACAGCGAUUCAGUGUAUCCAACCAAAGAAUUCUAUCCGUUCGCAUACGCGCUCUAUAACCAGUACUUAGAUGAUCACUGUUGGUAUUGUUUGUUGGUACCAAAAAGCAGUAGUCUACGAUUUGAUACGAAAAAGCGAAGUGAUGUAUAUGUAAGAGUAAUUAUUAACAUAUUGAUUCAUUGCAGACGCUGUAGUGGAUGUAGUAAAGCGAUGUUUUGUGAUGAGAAGUGUCAGAAGUUGGCCUGGAAAGAUCAUCGAGCCGAAUGCAAAGCGUUGAAGAGUUGUCACGAAAUACCAAAUAUUGAGAUUCGUUUAUUGGGUCGUAUUAUCACCAGGUAUAAGGCAAUCAAAAAUGGUUUCGAUAAAAAAGAUGAAACGUUCUACUUGCAUCGAACAUCCGAACGAUCCAUAAUGGAUAUUUGGGCGCAUACAGAUCGAAUUCGAAACGAUUCAUUGGCGAUGAACAAAUUCAAUGAUGUAUACAAAAAGUUGGUUACAUUCUAUGGAACACGAGCACUGUUAACCAAAGAAGAGGCGUUCGAGUUGCACUGCCGCGAUUAUAUAAAUCGUCAUGCGAUUAGUGAUGUCGCAUAUUUGGAGGAGAUUGGCAAGGGGUUAUAUUUGGAUUUGUGUGCAUACGAUCAUAGUUGUCGACCGAAUACAAUUUACACAUGUAACGGGUUUGUGGCGACGUUACGAGCGCUUAAUUCAGAUGUUCAAUUGACCAAUCGAUCAGCAACAUUUUAUUCUUAUAUCGAUGUGAUUAAUUGUCGGCAAGAACGAAGGAAAUUGUUGAAAGACACAUGGUACUUUGACUGUGAAUGUGCGAGAUGUGUUGAUAAUGAAGAUAACAUGCUUACAUCGAUGCUAUGUCCCGAAUGUUCGGAAAAAUUGGGUAUUUUCGGCGAAUGGCCGUAUAAGAAUCCAGUGACGCAAAUUAUAACGUGUCCCAAAUGCGCAACGGAGAUAGCGAAAGAGAAAGUUGUCGAAGCAAUCGAUGCAAUGCAAUUUAUUAAUCGAAUAUUACAAAGUAAUCAAACAGAUCAGAUGCGCAAUGAUCAGGCCAUUCGUUUUUUGACGUCUGUCAAAGACCGUUUCAGUCGGAUUUUACCUAACUUAAAUGUUUUCGUAUGCAAAAUCAUUCAGAUGCUUAUUCCCCUGAUCGAUCCACGUGAUAAUGAAACAUUAUUGAAACUUCAUCUACAAUCCGAAGAAUGCGUUCGGUUUUGUUUUCCAGACAACCAUCCCGCGCUUGCCGUCCAUCUAAGUAAUAUCGGUGUUUUCUAUUUGAGAUGUGGACAUCCGCAUCGUGCUGAAUUGUAUCUGGAAAUGGCGCACGAUAUCUUGAGUUCAACGCUCGGUAAAGGUCAUCCGAUGACGUUAACCAAAUACCAAUUGUUGCAAGAUGCACGUCGUGAAGUGGAACAAGCAAAACAGAUCAUCAUGAGAUCAUCUAAAUGUUCUGAGAAGUCAACUGAAUGCGUCGGAGAAAAUAAGAGGAAUAAUGUGACUCAGAAACGAUCAAAUAUGGAUACGGAGAAAAAUGUGGAUACGACUGAAAAUGGUGAAAGUGGAGAGGAGUUUAUUGUGGCUGUAGGGAACAAGCCACAGAAGUAG